UAAAGUAAGAAGUUACUCUCUAAACUUACAUUAAACAUGGGUAAAAAGAAGGGAGGAAAAGCUGGAGGCGACUUUUGGGAUGAAGAAAUUCCAUCUCAAGAUGAUGCCCCACAAGGUGAAGAAUUUGGAGCCACUCCAGAACCUACUGAAUCUGUAGGAACUGAAGAGCCAGAGGAGGAAGUUGCAGGUGAUUUUUUGAGUUCUAUUAGAAAAUCGAAGCAGCAGAAGGAAACCAAAGCCGAAGAAGACAAGAAGGCUAAGGAUGGUCCUAAGAUUUUAUCCAAGAAGGAAAAAGAAAAGUUAAAGAAAGAAGCAGAGAAGCAAAAGAAGAAAGAACAAGCAGCCAAAAAGAAGGCUCAGCAGGCUACAAAGAAAGACCAAAUCAAGGAAGCUAAUAAGCAAAAUGCCGCCGCUUCUGUGAACUCCGCAUCCGCAACUCCUGAGCCAGAAGACUCUACAACUUCAGAAUCGAAGCCAGCUAAGAAGGGUGGCAAAAAAGUUCCAGCUGCAAUUGCCGCCUUGAGACGUCAAAUUGAAUUAAAUAAGCAAUUGGAAGAUGAACAACGUCGUUUGCAAGAAGAAGAAGAAAAGCAAAGGGAAGAAGCUGAAAGAUUGGCAGUAGAAGAAGAAGCCAAGAAGGAGGCAGCCAGAGCCGCUAAGAAAGAAAAGGAAAGACUCAAGAAGGAACAAUUGAAGGCUGAAGGUAAGUUCUUGACCAAAAAACAAAAGGAGGAAAAGAAGAUACAGGAACGUCGUCGUGAACAAUUGUUACAAGCAGGUAACGUUUCAGUUGCUGGUUUGUUGAACAAGGAUGAUGCCCCUAAGCCAAAGAAGGUUGUAUACUCCAAGAAGAAAUCUACCAAGCCAAAGACUUUCACUCAAAAACCACAAGAAAAGUCAACUGUCAAGAACGCAUCUUCUGAACCAGAAGAAGAAGAGGUUGAAGACUGGGAGCAGCUGGCUGUCGCUGAAGAAGUUGCAGAUGAUUGGGAAACUGCAAUGGAAGCUCAAGAAGAAGAUACCGAAGACUUGCAAGAUGAUUCUGAAGCCAAGAGGCUCGCACAAGAAGCACAGAAGAAGGCCGAAGAAGAAGCAAGAGUCAAGGCUGAACUCGAGGCUUCCCGUAAGGCAAAGCAAGCAGCAGAAGCAGCCGCUUUGCUUGCUCAAGAGGAAGCAAAGAAGGCAGAGUUGGCAAAGAGCUCUACUCCCUCCGAGAAGGACUUACGUUCCCCAAUCUGUUGUAUCUUGGGUCACGUUGAUACUGGUAAAACCAAAUUGUUGGACAAAAUCCGUCAAACUAAUGUUCAAGGUGGUGAAGCUGGUGGUAUUACUCAACAAAUUGGUGCCACUUACUUCCCAGUUGAUGCUAUCAAACAAAAAACUGCAGUUAUGUCUAAGUUCGAAAAACAAACUUUUGAUGUGCCAGGUUUGUUGAUUAUUGAUACUCCUGGUCACGAGUCUUUCACCAACUUAAGAUCCCGUGGUUCAUCCUUGUGUAAUAUUGCCAUUUUGGUGAUUGAUAUUAUGCAUGGUUUAGAACAACAAACCAUUGAAUCCAUCAAGUUGUUGAGAGACAGAAAGGCUCCAUUUAUUGUUGCUUUGAAUAAGAUUGAUAGAUUAUAUGACUGGAAGACUAUUCCAAAUAAUUCUUUCAGAGAUUCAUUUGCUCAACAAGAAAAGUCAGUCCAAGCUGAAUUCCAAAACAGAUAUGAAGCCAUUAGAGUUGCCUUGGCUGAACAAGGUUUGAACUCUGAAUUGUACUUCCAGAACAAGAACAUGUCCAAGUAUGUUUCUAUUGUUCCUACUUCUGCUGUCACUGGUGAAGGUGUUCCUGAUUUGUUGUGGUUGUUACUUGAAUUGACUCAAAAGAGAAUGUCUAAGCAAUUGAUGUAUUUAUCUAAGGUUGAAGCUACCAUUUUGGAAGUCAAGGUAGUGGAAGGUUUUGGUUACACUAUUGAUGUUGUCUUGUCCAAUGGUAUUUUGAGAGAGGGAGAUCGUGUUGUGUUGUGUGGUUUGAAUGGACCUAUAGCAACGAACAUUAGAGCAUUAUUGACCCCACCUCCAUCUCGUGAACUUCGUAUCAAAUCCGAAUAUGUCCAUCACAAGGAAGUCAAGGCUGCUUUAGGUGUUAAGAUUGCUGCCAAUGAUUUAGAAAAAGCUGUUGCUGGUUCUAGAUUAAUUGUUGUUGGCGAGGACGACGAUGAGGAAGAAAUCAUGGAAGAAGUUAUGGAUGAUUUGACUGGUUUAUUGGACUCAGUCGAUACUUCUGGUAGAGGUGUCGUUGUUCAAGCAUCUACUUUGGGUUCCUUGGAAGCCUUGUUGGACUUCUUGAAGGAUAUGAAAAUUCCUGUCAUGUCCAUUGGGUUGGGGCCAGUUUACAAGAGAGAUGUCAUGAAAGCUUGUACUAUGUUGGAAAAAGCUCCGGAAUUAGCAAUUAUGUUGUGUUUCGAUGUUAAGGUUGACAAGGAAGCUGAACAAUACGCUGAAGAACAGAAGAUCAAGAUCUUCAAUGCAGACAUCAUUUACCACUUGUUCGAUCAAUUCACUGCUUAUCAAGAGAAAUUACUUGAAAUACGUCGUAAGGACUUCAUGGAAUAUGCUGUUCUUCCAUGUGUGUUGAAGACUGUUCAAAUCAUUAACAAACGUAACCCAAUGAUUAUUGGUGUUGAUGUUGUUGAAGGUGCAGUUCGUGUUGGUACUCCAAUCUGUGCCGUUCGUCAAGACCCAGCUACCAAGCAACCAAAUAUCAUGGUGUUAGGUAAGGUCGUUUCAUUGGAAGUGAAUCACAAAUCUUCCAAUGAAGUGAAGAAGGGUCAAACUAAUGCAGGUGUUGCAAUGAGAUUGGAAAACCCAUCCGCUGCUCAACCCGUAUGGGGCCGUCAUGUGGACGAGAGUGACAACUUAUACUCAUUGAUAUCUCGUAAAUCCAUUGACACAUUGAAAGACCCAGCUUUCCGUGACACCGUUUCCAGAGAUGACUGGCUUUUAAUCAAGAAAUUGAAACCAGUUUUCGAUAUUAAGUAAUCCGUUGCAUUGCAUUUUUUUGGUUUUGAUUUUUAUAGUAGAAGACAGCGACUUUAGUAUUAAAGUGCUUAUGGCUUCUGUACAACACUCAAUAUAAGGUAUA